AUGAACAGUCCUUGUGCCACUCCUUCCACAACAACAGCUCCACUUAUCCCAGACAAGAUAUUGCCAAACUUGUACCUGUCAGACAUUCACACUGCCGCCGCAGUUCUAAGCCCCAACUACAACACACCGAAUCGGCCAAGGAUCAGAUAUGUUCUCUCUGUCAUUGACAAUCCAGAUAAGCAGCCCAAAGUGCCUCCAGGACGUGAAGCAGAAUUCGUCCUCAAAAUGAUCAGCCUCCGUGACCACGCCAACUUCGACCUGCUCAGGAUCCUGGAGGAGGCCUGUGCGUUCAUCAAAUCAAGUCUUCAGAGUAACGAUGGUGGAGUCCUUGUCCAUUGCCAGAAAGGGGUGUCACGGUCCGCCGCAGUUGUAAUUGGCUUUAUCAUGGAAGAGAUGGACCUUGAUUACGACACCGCGUUCCGCUAUGUUCGUGGUGGCCGGUCAAAGGCCAAACCGAAUUCGGGGUUCCAGAAGCAGUUGGAGUUAUGGGGUCAAUUGCAUUACAGUAUUUACGAUGCUGACGGCAAAGAGAAGCAAGAGUACGCUUCCUGGAAGACUGAUAAUGAAAAACAGAUCAAGAAACUGGGCUCACGAUGGACUGGUUAA